CGCAGGGCCGUCGCUGCCGCCCUCACUUAAGAUGGCACCUGUCGGGGAGUCACCUGUGCGGCCGCUCUAGCUCGGUUCCGGGUUCGUUCGCCUCCGCCGCGGCGUCGGAGGGGAAUGCGAGGACCUGAGUCCUGUCCUGCUUCCGGGCCAGGCUCGUUGCUCUCUGGGGAAGCAACCCUGAAGGUUGCGGGCGCCGGGGCCACGACCUCCUUCGGUGAGGCAGAGGUGGUUGGUGUCGAGCCGGGGCGAAGAGGGGACGGGAGCCCAGACCCUCGGCCUCCAACCCGCCGCCCUCCGCAGCUCUCAUUGCCUUUGAGGGGGAGCUGCAAUACUGCCUACCACAUAAGGGAUGGGAUCAGAGAACAGUGCGUUAAAGAGCUCUACACUCAAAGAACCACCCUUCACCUUGCCCUCUGGACUUGCUGUGUAUCCCGCUGUACUGCAAGAUGGCAAUGUGGCUUCAGUUUUUGUGUAUAAGAGAGAAAAUGAAGACAAGGUUAAUAAAGCUGCCAAGCAUUUAAAGACACUUCGUCACCCUUGCUUGCUAAGAUUUUUAUCUUGUACCGUGGAAGCAGAUGGCAUUCAUCUUGUCACCGAGCGAGUACAGCCUCUGGAAGUAGCCUUGGAAACAUUGUCUUCUGCAGAGGUCUGCGCUGGAAUCUAUGACAUCCUGUUGGCUCUUAUCUUCCUUCAUGACAGAGGACACCUGACACACAACAAUGUGUGCUUGUCAUCUGUGUUCGUGAGUGAAGACGGGCACUGGAAACUGGGAGGAAUGGAGACUGUUUGUAAAGUUUCUCAGGCCACACCAGAGUUUCUGAGGAGUAUUCAGUCAGUAAGAGACGCAGCAUCUAUGCCUCCUGAAGAGAUGUCUCCAGAAUUCACAACUCUUCCGGAGUCCCAUGGACACGCUCGGGAUGCCUAUGCAUUUGGAACAUUGGUGGAGAGCUUGCUUACUGUCUUAAAUGAGCAGGUUUCAGCGGAUGUUCUCUCCAGCUUCCAACAGACCUUGCACUCAGCUCUGCUGAACCCUAACCCACAGUGCCGGCCAGCGCUCAGCACCUUACUGUCCCAUGACUUCUUCAGAAAUGAUUUUCUAGAAGUUGUGAAUUUCUUGAAAAGCUUAACAUUGAAGAAUGAAGAAGAAAAAACUGAAUUCUUCAAAUUUUUGCUGGACAGGGUCAGCUGCUUGUCAGAGGAAUUAAUAGCUUCACGACUAGUGCCUCUUCUGCUUAAUCAGCUGGUGUUUGCAGAGCCAGUAGCUGUUAAGAGUUUUCUUCCUCAUCUGCUUGGCCCAAAAAAAGACAAUGCACAGGGGGAAAUCCCUUGCUUGCUCUCGCCAGCACUGUUCCAGUCUCGCGUGAUCCCUGUGCUUCUCCGGCUGUUCGAGGUUCACGAGGAGCAUGUACGGAUAGUGCUGCUGUCCCACAUCGAAGCCUACGUGGAGCACUUUACUCAGGAGCAGCUGAAGAAGGUCAUCUUGCCACAGGUAUUACUGGGCCUGCGAGAUACCAGUGAUUCCAUUGUGGCAAUCACUCUUCACAGCCUAGCAGUGCUGGUCUCUCUACUUGGUCCUGAAGUGGUUGUGGGAGGAGAAAGAACCAAAAUCUUCAAACGCACUGCCCCAAGUUUUACUAAAACUAUUGAUAAUUCCCCAGAAGAUUCUCCCACACAUGUGGUCGCCUGUAGCCCGCACAGUGAGAUCUCACCAGUGUUGGAGAAGCCCUCUCCUGGCAUGUUUCCUAACUGCUUCCUUUCUGGCAACAUUCCCAUCAACAGCAAGAAGCACAUAAAGCAAGAUUACUACAAUACUUUCUUACAGACAGGCGAUCAGUUUCCCCAGACCAUUAAAUUGCCCAUGAAUGGAAUCUCAAAUAUGAAAAAUACUCCUGGGAACAGCGUGGACUUCACACCAAGCUCUAAAACUUGUGAGGAAUGGCCUGACUGGAAUGAGCCUGAGGAGCCAGAGAACCAAACUGUCAGCUUUCAGGUUUGGCCUACAGAAGCCUGUGAUGCCGCUAGGUCCCAGUGCACUAACCUGAAUGUGGAGAAAGAAUCUUGGGAUGAUUGUGAGCUCAGCUCAGGGACUCAAGUAAGCCCAAGAGGUGAAAUCUCUGCUGCAGUGCCUGUUACCUCACUGAAACCGAAGCCAGUUCCUGUUUUGCUUCCACUCACUGAAGAGGCUAAGCCUUUGAAAUCAGGUCUUCCUCACAAGACUAACUCUCUACAGAGCAGGGAAGACUCAGACCAAAUCAAGCCACCAAAAGCACAGUCACAAGAAAGACCCCUUCAGACUCGAUCAGAACUUGGUUUAGGAGAAGAAUAUACUAUCCAUGUAAAAAAGAAACCAGUACAAGACCCUGAGUUAGACUGGUUUGCUGAUAUGAUCCCAGAAAUUAAGCCUUCAGCUACUUUGCUUAUUUUACCUGAACUGAGGACAGAAAUGAUACUUCCCAACAAGGAUGAUGUCUUACCAGUUAUGCAGUUUUCCUCAAAAUUUGCUGCAGCAGAAAUGAGUGAGGGAGACACUGAAGGCUGGGGAGAAGGAGAGCUGAACUGGGAAGAUAAUAAUUGGUGACAACAGGUGUGAGUUAAAUGUAGGAACAAUUCCUUUUAAAAAAUGAAUACCUCAAAAGCAGAGUGUGUGGACAGGAAAGGCCCAAAGCAGCCUGUUUUCCCUGUACCAGGAGCUCUUUGUGAAUCUGUGUGAACUCAGUUGUGAAGCCAACCUUGAGAGCUGGCUGAAGCCCCAGGGAAGUCAGGAGACCCAUAAUACUGGCUGCUAGGAGGAGGAACUGUUUGAGGCCAGUUUCCAUGAAGAGCAAGUAGCUGAGGAAAGGCUGAACUUAGUGCUUUUUCCAGGAUAAUUCUGGAAGAAAAAUAAAUAUAAAAAUUCAAGCUGGUUAGCUUAAUUUUGUGCCAUUUCUUUACAAAUGAGAAAAGUUCUAUUACAAAAUUUAACUUGCU